AUGCUCGCCUGGCAACCUUUGCGCACCCUCGCCCGCGUCGCAACCCGCCCCUCGUCCCCGCUCAGCUGGGCCCUCUCGUCCUCGCCCUCCUCGUCCUUGCGCCUUUUCUCGUCGUCGCCCGCCCAGCUCCUCGUCCGGAAACCGACAAAGAUCAAGCUCAAGACCCACCAGGGCGCCGCAAAGCGCUGGAAGGCCCUCGCCAACGGCGAGUUCAAGCGCGCCAAGGCCGGCCGCGUCCACCUCAACAGCAACGGCAGCAUGUCACGCGAGCGCCUCAACCGCCUCGGCGAGCCCGCCUUUGCCCGGCCAGCGUGGAAGAAGACGCUCCGGCGCCUCCUCCCCUACGCGUGA